UUGCAGAUAUGUUUGUAUACUUGUUAUGGCUGUCUCUGAUCAGUUUUGUGGAUCUCCAAAAAAAUAAAAUGUACACACUCUGCCAUUCACCAACCAUGGACAUACAUUACACACUAUGUGAUGAAAGGAGGCCACCCACUGUUCAUAUUGAGCCUUGAAAAGACAAUUUCAAUGUUUCAUUCACUUGGAUUCCAACAAUGAAUAUACACAGAUUAAUGCUUGAUAUUGAUUUCUGGCAUCAAUCAAUGAAAGUUUCCGAGACAAGAAUGGUCAUUUGCUCAGGAGAUCAUGAUGAGUAUGAUUUUCGUGGACAUCUAAAAGGAGAUGAAAGGAAUCCACCAAUUAUAUUAUUUGAACCAUGUGUCUACAGCAUUAAUGGAAAAUUCAGGACUUCAAUAUCAUGGAUACCAAAAAUGAAUUUACAUCGCUUAUCAGUUUCUGUUGACAUAUGGUAUGGACCCAUGACCGUUUCAGAAAGAAGAACGAUUCUUUGUUCAGGAGAGCAUGAUGAAUUUGACUUUUGUGGAACACUGAAAGGAGAAACAGUCCACACUUGGAUCGAAGGACGUUUUAAACAGUUCAAUUUUGCGAAGGGCACAUAUACAAUCAAUUUUAAUGCAUUCGCUGGUGAACAAGAAGAAUGUAUUUUCUGUGGUACAAUUAAUUUAACCAUCAAAGUCUGAAAUGGAAAAUAAAUAAGUAAAUAAAGAUUGCUUUAAAAUGA